AUGGUAAUGCAUUUUUGGUUGCGCCUAUUCAAUUGUAUUCUAGUUUCUAGUGUAAUUGCCAAUUAUGAACAUGUCAAAGAAAUGGGUUUUAAAUUUUGGCUAGAUCCUAACCUGGAAGAAUGUUAUCAUGAAUUAUUAGAAGAAGGUUCAAGAUUAUAUUUUAUGUAUGAUAUUUUAAAUGUUGAUACACAUCAGGAUAGUAUUAUUGCGUAUUUUCGAAAUGCAUAUACUAGAAGUAUUGUUGCCGUAUCGAAAACGCAACGUGGUCAUUUAGAACUUACAACAAAUGAAACAACAUUAAUUGAUAUUUGUAUGGGUCAUGAAAAUCCAGAUACCUAUGUUAAGUAUAUAUCUGUAUACUUUCAUAUUUAUCAUGUUGAGAAAGCUUUAGCCAAAAUUAAAGAAAGUGAACAUUUCUAUAAUACAUCGAUUGAUUUUCAUAAUGUGCUCGACUCAAUUACUCAUCAUAUAAUUAUUUUACGCGAAUAUCAAAUGGAACGUGACAUGACGAACCAAAAAGAUUCUUACCUGAUUGAAGCAAAUUUAUUUUGGAUAAAUCGUUGGGCUUCAAUUCAUAUAGUUGUAAUUGUUAGUUGUUUUUUAUUUCAAACAUAUUUUAUCAAGAGUUUAUUUAAGACAUCAAGAAAAUGA